UCCAACUUUUCAGCUUUUUUCUCCUACCGGGUCAUCAAAUAUAAUAAGUACAGUCAGUACAAGUCGUAGGUUUCUUUUAUGAUCUCUCUCUCAUACAGAAACUCACUCUCGCCCUCCCUCCUUCUCCUUCUCCCUCUCACACACUCACCACUCUCGACAAGAUCACCGCUACUUGAGAUUAAUCACAAGGACAUACGUCUUACCUCUUGCUCCUCAUCUCUUCCCUUUACAAAGACAACAUAAUCAUUCCUCUUCCUCCCUCCCCCGCAUACCAACCUCUUGUAUUUCCUUUCAUCAAAACACCAAUCACCAAUCAACAAUCAACAAUCAACAAUCAACAAUCAACAAUCAACAAUCAACAAUCAACAAUCAACAAUCAACAAUCAACAAGCAAGAAGAAUCCGCAGGAAUCAUCUUCAAAUCGACUGACUUAAGGUUGAGUUGAGUCCACAAUCGAAAAAGAACUCCGUACUUUCCGGAAAUUCCGUAGUCCAACAAAUUCGAAUAAAUAGCUUGAUCCUCACUUUUUGAUCCGGCAACACAACUCUCAUCCCAAAGUCCCGGUAUUGUUCGAAUAAAUCCUCUCCAAAACAAUCCGUGGGAUUAAUCAUCUUCCUGCAGUGAGAUUCCUAUCUUACUCGCGAAGAAACUAUCAUACCUACAUAAUUCCCAAAUUUUUAUUCGAGUUUCUAAAGAAGAGACUAAUAUAUAUUUGGCAUCAUGUCUGCCUUAAAGAAACGCCUCAGUAAAUUGAUACCAGAUCGCAUCGGCAAACCCAACAGCAACAAUUCAAGCAGUGAAAAUGUGCCAUCCGUACCAAGCAAAGAAGAAGGAAUUGAUGGUUCUUCUGCAUCCAAUGGAGCUUCACCAGCUUCCCCUCGAAAUAAUGGAGCUCAAACUCCGGAGCGAUCAAACUCCCGACGAGUUAGUCGAGAGAUACUUGAACAAAACAGGGCUAGAAGAAGUAUGGAUAAGGAGCGCUCAAAGGCAGAGAACAAGAAGAGGCAAUCUUUGGCAAGAAUAGAAGAUGAGAAGUUCUUGAAAGAAGGGCCCGAGGCUCUCACACAGCUCUAUCGACCAUACAGUAUGAUACAAAGCAAACAUUGGAGGCAUGAGGAGAGAGCUUUGUUCAAGGAUAUCAACUGGGCUGGUAAGUUGACUUUCCUUCAUUUUUGUACCAUCUGCUAAUGCUAGGGUAGAAAUGGAUGGUCAAAUCAUUAACUUCAGAGCUCGAAUGCAUACGCUUCGUAGAAUGUCUGCCAAAUUGGUAUUCAUCGUUUUCCGUCAACAAACUAUCACAAUUCAAGGUGUUUUACAAAGCUUCAAACCUGGCGAAGAACAAGGCGGUGGUGAGUAUUCAUUUUUGCCAGUGGCGCCAUGAGGAACAUAUCUAAUUAGCUUCAUUUCCACAGAACAUGGUACCAUUUCCGAGCAAAUGGUCCGAACAGUUGAACAUUACCCCGCCGAAACAAUUGUCGUUGCCCAUGCCAAAAUUCGAAAGUCCCUCCAAACUGUUAAGAAUGCUACAGUUCAUGAUUAUGAAUUGCAGGUUUACGAAAUUCAUAGAGUGGUUCCAUUGACCGAAAAUGUACCAUUCACGGUAUAUGAUGCGGAAAAUAUCAACAGAGAAAAGGAAAUUGACAUGGACGAUGAUUCUGGAGACGAUUCAGUCCCUGCAAGUCAGCCAAUGUCACCAACUUCAACAGACACGCCCAGGGGUCCUCCUUCGCGUGCGUCUGCUGAUCUCGCACGUCAUGCUUUUGCAAAAUUGGAUGACAAAAAUCUUGAGAGCAGAAGUAGGUCUUUCGUGGAAUGGAUAGAUGAAUGAUCUAUAGCUAACGACAAAAUAGCUUCCAUGGAUACCUCUCAUCACCAAAAACGAUCCUUGCCACAAAGAGUGAGAUUGAACAACAGAAUUAUCGAUUUACGAACCACUCCUGCACAAGCAAUUUUCCGUAUCCAGUCCGGAAUUUGCAAUCUUUUCCGAUCAUACCUUGAUACACAAGGCUUCAUAGAAAUUCAUACACCAAAAUUACAAGGAGGUGCUACUGAAUCUGGUGCAACCGUUUUUGAGCUCAAUUAUUUUGGAAGAUCAGCUUUCUUGGCUCAAUCACCGCAAUUGGCUAAACAAAUGUGUAUAGCAGCUGAUUUUGAAAGGGUUUAUGAAAUUGGUGCAGUCUUCCGUGCAGAAGACAGUAACACACCUCGUCAUUUGACUGAAUAUACUGGAUUGGAUCUUGAGAUGGCUUUGGAAGAGCAUUAUCAUGAGGCUUUGACUCUCAUUGAUGGCAUGUUUAAGAACCUUUGGAAAGGCAUUUACGACCGAUACCAAAAAGAAAUUGAUCUUAUUGAUCAGUUCUAUCCACACACCAAGGUCGAAUGGUUAGAUGAAACCCCAAGAAUUUCAUUUUCCACCGGUGUUAAGAUGCUAGUUAAUUCUGGUUGGGUAGAAGAAGAUGGAAGUGUGCCAAGUGAGACCGAAGAUCUUUCUACUCGAGCUGAAAUUCGACUGGGUGCAUUGGUUAAGGAAAAGUAUCACACUGAUUAUUAUAUCCUCGACAAAUUCCCUGCUUCUGUUCGACCAUUCUACACCAUGCCUGAUCCAGAUGAUGAUCGAUUCACAAAUUCCUUCGAUAUCUUUAUGCGCGGUCAAGAAAUCUUGACUGGUGGUCAGCGUAUUCAUGAUGCUGAAUUUUUGGAAAAGCGCAUGAAACAAAAGGGUAUCAAACCAGAAAGUAUGCCUGAAUAUCUUGAAGGUUUCAGAUGGGGAGCACCACCUCAUGCAGGGUGUGGUAUUGGUCUUGAACGUCUCACAUACCUUUUCCUCAGUCUCGGCAAUAUUCGUCUUGCAUCUCUAUUUCCAAGAGAUCCUAAAUCACUUCCACCCAUACCUCCUACUCUCGCUCUUCGUCAUGAAGAUGCAUCAACACUCAAUCCAGUUUGGGAGAAGGAUGGAGUGGAAUUCAGCCCUGAAUUACUACCACCUUUGGAGAAAUUGAUUGCCAAUUAUGGUGAUGCGGCCAAUACCUCUUGGUUGGACAAACGUUAUCACGUAUGGAGACAUUCAACUACUGGUGCAGCUCAAGGUUAUGUUAUUCAUAACUCAUAUGCCAUUAUUGUUGGAGAGCCGCUUUGCGAUAAAUCUCAAACACCAUCAAUUGUCUCGGCAUUCCUCAACUACUUGAAUACCGAACACAAGAAUCUCAAACCAAUCUGGAUGAUUGUUGGUCCUCGUACUGAAGAAUAUCUUGGUGAAAAAUUCGGAUGGCGUACCUUGUCUCCUACAGCCGAAGAACGUGCUGAUCCUAGAAACAAUCCUGCAGCUAAGGAUAAUGAUUUGGCACGUAAGGUUCGACAUGCUGAAAAAGAGGGCAUAAAACUUCAAACCCUUCCAUUCAAUGAACCAGUUCCAGAUGACUUCAAAGAAAAGGUCAAUGCACGAGUUGUAGAUUGGCAAAAGAAUCGAAAGGGUACUCAAGUUCAUCUUACAGAAAUUAGACCUUGGGUUGAUGAGGCUCAUCGUAAAUACUUUUACGCUCAAGGUUCAGAUGGAACAAUUCAUGCCAUUAAUGUCCUUCAUCAACUCAGUCCCGAAAAUGGAUACCAAGUUAAAUUCUCGCUCGAGUUUCCAAACGCUCCAUCCGGUACAGUGGAAUCUCUUCUACUCUAUUCGAUGAAACAAUUGAGUGCAGCAGAACCAGAUGUUAAACGUAUCACUUUUGGUACGGGUGCUCAACCACACAUUGAAGGUGGAAGAAACUUGGGUAAACAUAGGAUUAAGGCGUUGAAGAAGGCCUAUGAAACGAUUGUUAAACAAGCAAGGUUAUUGGGUAAGAGUGAGUUUAGAGAGAAGAUGGGGACAUGGAAUGAUGCAGUUUAUGUAGCAUAUCCUAAGGGUGGUUUGGGUGCUGGUGGUAUUAGAGCUUUGAUGGGUUUCCUUGAAGAGGAUGGUUAGAUUUUUCGCUAGAGGAUGAUUGAUGAAGAGUUAUAUGGUGUGAGGGAUGAAGGGAAAAAAUCAUAAUUCAAUUGAAGAAGACAGUAAUUUUAUGAGUGAGCUGGGAGAGGUCGGUAUGGGAUGCAUGGAUGGAUGGGAAAGAUACCUACAUUGUCUUUUUAUUACCCACUGGUUGGUUGGUCGCUAUUUCUUUUGUCUCUUUCCAUUAUAUGUCAACCGUACAUCUAGUUGGUAGUGUAGUGUAGUGUAGUUGGAGGAGGAAAGCUAGCUAGCUAUCUAUAAAUAGCAAGGGAAAAAGAUUAAUAGAUUUCGAUUAAUUAACUGGAUUUAUAUCAUUUUU